GCGCUGCGCAAAGACGCGACGGCGCUCGUCGGCAAACACUCUUCAUUCUGCCGCGCCGCGCAGGACAUUAGGACCAACUACUUCUCCUUCUUCAUGGGAAAAACCUUCAUCUCGAUUUAUAGGACAAACAGGGCAAAGUUACCUUACAGGAAGGAGCUUCCACGGACCACGACACCGCAAUGAGUUGGGGGGCACUCUACGCCCAGCUGGGCGGCGUCAACAAACACUCCACCAGCCUCGGGAAGAUCUGGCUCUCCGUCCUCUUCAUCUUCCGCAUCACCAUCCUGGUCCUGGCCGCCGAGAGCGUUUGGGGCGACGAGCAGUCAGACUUCACGUGCAACACGCAGCAGCCCGGUUGCAAGAACGUGUGCUACGACCACUUCUUCCCCGUGUCGCACAUCCGCAUGUGGUGCCUGCAGCUCAUCUUCGUCUCCACGCCGGCCCUGCUCGUCGCCAUGCACGUCGCGUACAGGAAGCGCGGCGACAAGAGGACCAUUCUGGCCUCCAACCGCACCGAAAACUCCGACCUGGAGACCCUGAAAAAAAGGCGUCUGCCCAUCACGGGCCCUCUUUGGUGGACCUACACCUGCAGCCUGUUCUUCCGCCUCAUCUUUGAGGGCGGCUUCAUGUACGCGCUGUACUUCGUCUACGACGGCUUCCGGAUGCCCCGGCUCGUGAAGUGUGAGCAGUGGCCCUGCCCCAACAAGGUGGACUGCUUCAUCUCCCGACCGACGGAGAAGACGGUCUUCACCAUCUUCAUGGUGGCCUCUUCGGCCACCUGCAUGGUGCUGAACGUGGCCGAGCUGUUCUACCUCAUCGUCAAGGCACUCCUGAGGUGCAUGGACCGGUCGAGCAAGAGGAAACACCCCUACACGGAGAGCGUGUCGAGGGACAACAAGAAGAACGAGAGGCUGUUGUCGUCCUCCACGGAUUCGUCCAGCAACAAGACCGUGUGCUGAAGAGCGACGAGAGGGAUGGACUCUAGAUCCAUCUGUGGACCUCCAUUAGAGCCGUCUAGUGGGAUACAGUCUGUAUUCCUGUGGGAAAGUUUUAGUUCUGCGUCUUAACCUGCAGCAGAACUCGUGUCGACCCGAGGGAGUUGGACCUCGGCGGUAUUUUUUGUACUUUUUUUCACGCGUGACCUUACAUUUUCCACUCAUGCACUGUAGUGCUGUUCACAGCUGAGUAUUUUUCUUUUUUUAGUUUAGUUUGAGUUCUACCUAGCCACGUACCUAGUAACAAUCAAAGCAGUUUAACAAAUAUUAGUUUGCAAUUUUUAAAAAUUGCUUUAAAGCCAGAAGGACUUCUUGCUGUAAUCUCAAUAUUUGACUAGAUAUCAAAUGUGCAAUAACAAUGUUUUGGGUAGAGAAUAUUUUGCCAAGAAUCCCGAUAGAUUAAGAACCAGCACGAAGCUGCUUAUAAGAAGUAAAAUAAUAAUUUGUUCUCAUGGAAAACCCCAGCAGAUUGCAAAAUACCAAGUGAUACCUUGAUUAUUAUUAUUAUUAUUAUUAUUAUUAUUAUUAUUAUUAUUAUUAUUAUUAUUAUUAUUAUUACACUAGAGAGAUAUGUGUUUGACUUCUGGUUGAAGCCUGAAGCUGUAACAAAAGUUUAAAGGCGCUAUUGCUACGGAGGAGAAUGAGCCUACACUGACAUCUAGUGGUGAACAAUGAGAAGAGGCGAGAAUUAAUUAAAGGGAUUUCUACUUUUCACGGCUAUUGAUCAAAGGCGGAUUGGUUAAAAAUGUAGCUGCGUUGACUAAAUCGUCUUUUCACGUUUACGUUUUUGUGUGUAAGAAUUUAACUGAGAAGAAAUCAGGCGUUUCACUUUAUUAGGACACUAAAAUCAAUCAAAUGUUGUUGUUUUUUGUUGUUGUUUCUUUUGUGACCGAAAUACAAGACAAAAUCAGACAGCAUUUCCCUUUUUUAAAAUAUGAAAUAUCAAAAAAAAAAAAAAAAAGGUGCAAUAAUAUAAAGAGCAUUUGAACAGAUUCAGGAAGAAAGCUGCCUAUCAGUCUGGUGUUCAAUCAAAUGUUAAUAGUGAAGGUGUGAAAAAAUGAAUCCUGGACAGAGAAAAGGGACGAUGAGCUCCAGAUACAGAGUAGAGCUGUCAUGUUUCUAGUUAAAUCAACCAAAUUCAUCUUUUAGUUUUUGCCUGAUUAUAAUGUUCUUAAACCAAUAGAUUUUUAUCUUUUUUUUUUUUUUGCGUCUUACAAAACAAUUCAUACCACUUGAACUUCUCACGUCUUGUCAUACAACCACAAACAUCAAUGUAUUUUUAUUGGACUUUUAUACCAAACAGGUGUAUACAUUUUGUGAUUGUGAACAUCAGUUUUCAUGUCUUUCCCUAAAUUGUUAUUUAGUUUUCGUGGACUUUGACUGGGCCUUUUUAAACACAUGAAAAUGUGUGCUUCUUAAAUGAGAUUGCGCCGUAGUCUCGAGUCUUUCGAUGGCCUCUAAUUGAUUUCCUCCCACUAUUACCCAUCAGCCAGCUGUCCUAAACCCACAGCAUGAUACUACCACCACCAUGCUUCACAACUAAGCGGUUUGUGGUUGUAAUGUGACAAAUUGUGUGAGAAUUUAAGCAACGUGAAUACUUUUGCAAAGUUUGCACAGAUGAACAGUGUUUUCAGAAAUAUGUACAGUUAAAUGCUAAAUUACCCAUAACCCUGGUAGAUUUAGGUUUAAAAUAAUCUGAUCAUUUUUACAAAUAUGAUUCCACUGACUUGAAGUCAUUUUAAUGUUUGGGGACCUUGAGAUUAGGGUGACGGUAAGGAGGACAUCCAAACUCGAAGACUUGGAGCUUAUCGAAGAUCGAGCAACAAAACAGUUCUGGGAACAUGCAAAAAGUUGGCCAGCGAUGAAAUACUUUUCCAUUGAUCCACUGAGAUUAUUUUAAAGAAAUACAACUAAAAGACUGCUUUUUCAAAAACCGAUCCUCCUUAUACAUUGUUGCAUUAUCUUUUGUGUCAUUUCUUGACACAAACAAACGUCUUGGAUGAAUGGAAACGAUUUGAAAUCUAAAUCUUCCAGGAGUAUGAAUUAUUUUGAUGGGUGUCACUUUGACCGGCGGAGGCUCUGCAUUCAGGAAGGAGGCAAGGCAACAAAAUGCAGUCGAGGUAGAUUUAUUUAGAGCUGCAGGUCACAGUUACACUGGCACCCCUUUUUUUUUUUUUUACAGUGAGACAAAGAAGCUGGCUUUUAUACUUUGGGCGAUUCCAACACUCAUACCAGGUAAAGGGGGCGACAAAACAAAACAAGAAAUAAUUAUUUACACAAACCUAACACAAAACUAAAUUGUACCAAUAAAUAUUUACAUGCAUGCAAAUUAUUAGAACUAAACUAAUUUAAAGUCAAUCCAAGAUUAAAUGUAACUUAAUAUAACUCUUCAGAGCAUUACCCCUCUUAAUUGAAAACGGUACGCUCCAGGAGCUUUUUAACAGCACCUGGAGCUCCCUUUGCUGCUCCACCCUGCCGAGGAGACACACCCUGAAAGGUAGGACUCAAACAAUUGGCCUCAAAUUGAAACAAACUGACAUUUCCCCACAUUCCCCCUGUCCAGGAAGGAUGGCCAGUCCCUCUGCCUGAAAGAAUGUUUAAAUAAACGUCAAUGUAACUGAAAUAAAGAACUGAAACAAAAAGCAUUUGUUCUGUAAAUAAAUAUAAUAUCAAUAAUCAUUUAUUAGGAAUGGAGCCCCUGGUCUCCAUCACAAUGGGCUGAGCUGUAUCUGACAUUCAAACUAAAUAGAGAAUCAAAUAAGCGUCUAUCAUGCGUGUAGCUAUGUAUAAAUAUGAGUUUUGGCUCUUUGUAAUGUUUGGUUUGCCUAAAUUCAAAGCUUUUCUUUACAAAUGCAGAUGUUGCCAACUGGUUCCGUGGAUCCAUUUAUCGCUUUUGUCCAUUCUUCUUGUCUUCACGUCAUGUGGGUACCGUGGGUACUAAAUGUAUCAGCCUUAUUUUAGCCGGCGCUCUGAUCACAGCUCGGCCUCCCAAUUAAGACAAAUCUCAAACCCAAACAGGUCUUCGUCGUCCCUCCGUCCAGGAAUAGACGUCACGGAUUAGUCGCAUCUGUCUGUCGAAACGGGCACCCGGCUGGAGACUCUAUGGUUGCGCAAUGACCGCUAAGUGAGAUGCGCCGGCGCCAAUUAGACGUGUAAAUUCCUCUGUUAUAGAAAGUGACGCUCGGCGUGGUUUGGUUGUGUAACAGCUCUGGCUGAUGCUGUUGUUUGGAGUUUGCACAGUGUUGCACUCUGGGGAUUUUAGAGUUGUUAAAAAAAAUAAAAGAAUUGUAAACCCACUCUUAGCUUUGACUUCCUGGUGUAAAAAUGUUUUUUCCGUCACUGCAGACUUUAAAACUGACUUUGCUUCCACAGUAAUGUAAUAGUUGGAUACUAACAGCUAUGCAACGCUAGCAGAGAGAAAUGAACCAAUGAGAUGCUUCGGAUUGUGAUUUUUGUAUGAGAUGUCUUGUACCCUUGCACUUUGAUCCUUCGACUUGUUUUUUCUUUUGAGAAAUUUUUCAUAAAUUAGUGAAAACACAA